AAACCACAUAUUGAAUUAUCCAUUGAUACUCUCAAGAGUCUCAUUUUGCAUCCCGGUAAAGAAUCUAUCACAUGAAGGAUCUCUUCUCUAUUUUUACACAUCUUUUAUACUCCCUUUUCGCAUAGAAUACCUCAUCAUGUGGUAACUACGGGCAAUACCCCUUUUGCACUUCCUUUCAAACCACCCCCCACCUCUCUCUCUCUCUCUCUCUCUCUCUCUCUCUCUCUCUCUCCUUCCUAUAAAAUAGCUCCAUCCUCUUCUUCGCCAUCCUGAAAAUCCAAACCCAUUUCAAAUAAGCUAUGGCUUCGUCGAGAAACACUACUAUAACUGCUAUUCGUAUUCUCUAUCUGCUGCUACUUUGUGUUUUACAAGCCCAAGUCAGGCUCUGUUUUGCUGCUAAGGUCUAUGUCGUCUAUAUGGGAAGCAGAGGAACUGAUGACCCAGAUGAGAUUUUGAGGCAAAACCACCAAAUCCUCACUGAUAUUCAUGGGGGAAGUGGUGAAAAGGCCGAGGAAUCCCAUCUGUACAGUUACAGACAUGGGUUCAGAGGAUUUGCAGCCAAAUUGACUGAGGACCAAGCUUCUGAAAUGGCUAAGAUGCCGGGAGUGGUAUCGGUAUUUCCUAAUGAGAGGAGGAAGCUGCACACAACUCACUCAUGGGACUUCAUGGGUCUUGUUGGGGAAGAAACCAUGGAAAUCCCUGGAUAUUCAACCAAGAACCAAGUUAAUGUUGUUAUUGGUUUCAUUGAUACCGGAAUUUGGCCUGAAUCCCCAAGUUUUAGUGAUGAGCACAUGCCUCCAGUGCCAGCCAAAUGGAAAGGGAAAUGUGAAUCAGGUGAAGCAUUCAAUGCUUCAACUUGCAACAGGAAAAUAAUAGGAGCAAGAUACUAUAUGCAUGGCUAUGAAGCUGAAAAGGAAGAAGUAGAAGAAUCAGUCAAGACUGUUUCAUUCAAAUCCCCAAGGGACUCCUCCGGGCAUGGUAGCCACACUGCCUCAACAGCUGCCGGUAGAUAUGUCACAAACAUGAACUAUGACGGCUUAGCAACUGGAGGCGCUCGAGGGGGUGCACCGAUGGCCAGAAUAGCUGUUUACAAGACAUGUUGGGACUCAGGAUGCUACGAUGUUGAUUUACUGGCUGCAUUCGAUGAUGCUAUCAGAGACGGGGUCGAUGUUUUAUCCCUCUCUCUCGGUCCUGCUUCUCCUCAGGGUGAUUAUUUCAGCGAUGCGAUAUCGAUUGGGUCGUUCCAUGCUUCUAGCCGUGGUAUAGUUGUGGUUUCUUCUGCUGGAAACGAAGGGAGCCGGGGGUCUGCAACGAAUCUUGCUCCGUGGAUGAUUACCGUCGCUGCUAGCUCAACGGAUAGGGACUUCACAUCCAAUAUCAUAUUGGGAUAUGGCAUUAACUUCACGGGUGAAAGCCUCUCUCUACUCCAAAUGAAUGCAUCGACAAGGAUCAUCUCUGCUUCUGAAGCCUAUGCUGGAUACUUCACUCCUUAUCAAUCCAGUUACUGUUUGGAGAGCUCCUUGAAUAGUACUAAGUCCCGAGGGAAGGUUCUGGUAUGCCAACAUGCCGAAAGUUCGACAGAGUCGAAGCUGGCAAAGAGCAAGAUUGUUCAAGCAGCCGGUGGAGUGGGGAUGAUUCUUGUAGAUGAAGCAGACAAAGAUGUUGCUAUUCCUUUUGUGAUCCCGGCAGCUGUUGUUGGGAAACGGACUGGAAAUAAGAUCCUGAGUUACAUGAAUCGUACGAGAAAGGCCACAUCUCGGAUUUUCUCUGCGAAGACUGUCUUAGGAUCUCAACCUGCUCCUAAAAUAACGGCAUUUUCUUCAAAAGGUCCAAAUGCCUUAACUCCAGAAAUCCUGAAGCCUGAUAUCACGGCUCCCGGAUUGAAUAUCCUAGCAGCUUGGUCUCCAGCAAAUGGAAAAAUGCAUUCUAACAUCCUCUCAGGCACUUCUAUGGCUUGUCCUCAUGUGACCGGAAUUGUGGCCUUGAUCAAAGCUGUUUAUCCAUCUUGGUCUCCUUCUACAAUCAAAUCUGCGAUCAUGACAACUGCUACUGUGAUGGACAAGAAUCGCAAACCUAUCAUUGUCAAUCCAGAAGGAAGGAGGGGAAACGCGUUUGACUAUGGAGCUGGUUUCGUGAACCCAAGAAGAGUCUUGGAUCCUGGUCUCAUCUACGAUACACAAACCACAGAUUACAAAGCCUUUCUUUGUUCAAUCGGUUACACUGAGAAGUCACUGCAUUUGAUAACAAGGGACAACAGCACUUGUGAUCAGACAUUCGCAACAGCAACUGGACUUAACUACCCGUCCAUCACAGUACCGAAUCUCAAGAACUACUUCUCAGUAAUGCGAACUGUUACCAAUGUUGGGGAGCCAAAUAGUACGUAUAAAGCAGUUAUCUCAUCUCCUGUGGGAAUUAAUGUUACGGUUGUGCCAAGGCUAUUACUCUUCAGUAGUUAUGGACAGAAGAUCGAUUUCACAGUGAGUUUCAAGGUUGAAGCUCCACCAGAAGGCUAUGGUUUUGGGCUCUUGACAUGGAGAAGUAGGAAAUCGCGUGUCACCAUUCCAUUGGUCGUUCGCUCUGCACAUUCUACCUUGGGGCUUCUCAGCUAACAGAGCUGAAAUUGGAAGAAGUUACAGUAGGAGAUUUAGAGUAUGUUUAUCAGUACUGGAAGCUCAUUUUCACAUGUUGAGCAAUGGUCAUGAUCAAGAGUUAUUAGCAGUUUUUAGAGCUUUUUCUUUGAGAUAUAUGCAAUGAAAGCACAUUAGUUUGUUCAAAAUAGAACCUACAUACAAGCAAAAGGAAUCGAAUUUCUUCAUCUUUUUUCUCU